GGGCACAAUGUAAUCUUUCCUAGGACCUUUUUAAAGCGGUGACCAGAGGAAAAUUGCUGCUACGACUUAGAAAACAGAGAAAGAGCAGACAGUUAUUUCAGAUUACACAGUCUCCGUGUGAAUUUAUUUGUUAUUUGGACCUGUGUUAUUGUGUUUAGUUACCCCAGUUCAGUGUGAGUUUGCUGAAGUCACUGCAACUCAACCGGCUUAAGGUUUGGUAGUCGCUGGGUGGGCAUUAUCCCCAUUCCCCAGCUAACGCUAGUUAGCUAGCUAGCUAAAGGUGCUAGGUUUGCUAGCUAGCUAACUAACGUGAACUACCGCUGCUUGGCCGUCAGCAACCAGUAUUCCACGCAGCAUUCAAACUGAGAACAGAGUCAUUGUUGGGCUGGAAGCUGUUCUGCAUCUGAAAUCAGUCAUGGAGAACGAUGCUUGUGUAGAGCAGAAGAAUGGCGAUGCUGCUUUGGACCAAGUUAAACAGCCAGCAGCCACAGCUCCUUACAGAUACUCCAAGGAGGAGCUUAUGGAAAUAAAAGAACUGCCUAUCUCCAAUGAAAGGCCAGAGUGUCUAUCUGAGAAAUAUGACAGUGAUGGUGUCUGGGACCCUGAGAAGUGGCAUGCCUCAUUGUAUCCCACUUCAGAGCGUAGCUCUCCGGUGGAGGGUUUUAAGAAGGACUAUAUGGAUGAUAGAGUUCCUUUGAAACGAAGAAUCCCAGAUCCUCGUGAGCGGUUAAAGGAGGAUGAUCUGGAUGUCAUACUGAGCCCGCAGCGACGCAGCUUCGGUGGUGGAUGUCAAGGCAACGCUGCACUUGCACCCCACGUCCGUCGCCCAGUCAGCCCCCUGGAAAAUAAGGAGAAUGAGAGUCUCCGUCUAGGAGGAGCACGCAGAAUUGGCAGUGGCCGUAUAAUUGCUGCCCGAGCCUUUGAGAGAGAAGCCCGUGUGGAGAAAGAGAGGGAACGUGAGAGAGACUUGAAGGAUAAAAGAUUCAGGAGAGAUUUUGGUGACAAACGUGUGUUUAGUGAAAGGAGAAGGAAUGACUCUUAUGCAGAGGAGGAGCCAGAGUGGUUCUCCGGGGGUCCCACCAGCCAAUCUGAGACAAUUGAGCUCAUUGGAUUUGACGACAAAAUCCUGGAAGAUGAUAAGCGCAGGUCCAAACGGUCAAGGAAAAGGGCAGAGUCUCUAAAAGAAGUGGAAUGUAAUGGUGGACAGGCCGAAGAGCGAGCUGUGGGGUUGCAGUCUACUGCUGAUCAGGAGGUUCCCCACCCUGAUGUUUUACCUGAGCAGACAACUGGAGACUUUGACUUCAAUGAGUUCUUCAAUCUGGAGAAGACCAUGCCAGGACUGGCCUCUGCGCCUGCUUCUGUCUUGCAGAUGAUAGAGGAUGUUUUGGGGGAGGGCCCUGUAUCGGCUAGCCGCUUCAGUCAGUGGUUCUCCAGUAACAUGAGCCCUUCAGGCAGCCGGUCCAGCAGUCUGAGGUCCACUCCCCAUGAGGAGCUGGAAAAACUUGCAGGGCUUGAGCCACGCUGCACAUCCCCUAGCCACAGCCCUGCCCCAUACUUCACACCUAUUCAAUCAUCAGAGUGCAGGGAGAAGGUGGACAUCCUGGAGCUGCUGCACAAGGCCAAAAUAGACCUGAAGCCUCUUCUUUCCACCCUGUCGGUCAACAAGGCUCGGCUACGGGAAAGCACAAACUGUGGAGCGGUGCUCUCGCUGGAGGAAGUGGAGGGAGAGAUGAAGGGGAUGAAACUGGGCUCAGAACCACAGGUGCGAAAGGUGCCGCCUCCACAGAAAGGAAAUGGCACGCCCUUCAUGGCUGAACAUUUAGAGGAGGCUUUAACCGGUGGGUCUAGCGCCCGUCCACACUCACGUGACUCAGACAUGUCAGCCUUUAAUAAACUGGUCAGCAGCAUGAAGGCAAGUGGAACUCUGCCAACUCUCCCCAAAAACAACACAAACAAUCAACCUUCAGACCAAGCUGUGGUGACGGUGUCUGAAGCUCCGGUGCCUCCUCAGCAGCAGAAAAACAUAUUUCAGGAACUCUUGGGAGGUCCUGCUUGUAGUGGUUCCCCUACACUACUUAGCAAUCUGUUGGGCAGCUCUGAGGGCCCAACCACCUCUGCCCCUCUUCAUGGCCUACUACACAAGGGCCCAUCACCCCCUCUCUUUCCACAGAGGGCACCCUCACCUGACUACUUCAACAGUCGUUUGCAACCUUCAGCAGGUUUUCCUGUUGGUCCUCAGCCCAUGCUGCCAGAACAGUUUGCUGAUGUACACAGGUCUAUCAGCCCUGGAUCUGCUGCACAGCAACAGAUGAGGGCGCUCUCUAUGCCAGUGAAUCAGGCGGACCUGGAAGCUUUGGCAUUCCAACAGGACCUUGCUCUACAUGCCCACCACUCAUUCCAGUCCGGCUACAAGCCACCACAGGACAAAUCUUUUCGAAAUAGACUGCAGCGUGUAAAUCGCUCCCCUGGUCCAGGCCCUCAGCCUGCUGGAAGAAACUCUCCAGCCAAUGCUGUCACCAGCAUGUUGUCCCCGUCAUUUACGCCCACAUCUGUUAUCCGCAAAAUGUACGCGACAAAAGAGAAAAGCAGAGAUGAACCAUCGAGUCGUUCUGAGACCAAGGAGGCAGCAGCGAAUACUCAAGAUGACAACAGCUCCACAAAUCUAUACCUGGAGAUGAUGGAUGGGAAUGCAGCCCAGUCUGGGGGAGUAAAGGCCGGCUCGCAGACCAUGCCAAGCAAGGACCAGGAGCGUCUCAGGCCUGGCUCUGCUGGACACCAUACGCCCACCAUGGUACCACCAGGACCCUCCUCAUCUUUCCCUCGUCCCAUCUAUCCGGUACCGCUGCUAUCCCAUGUACCUAUGGUGCGGCCCCCUCCCCAGCUCCACCCUAAUAUGGUUCAACGCAUGCUUGCACAGGGUAUCCAGCCCCAGCAACUUGGACCUGCUCUUUUGCAAGCAGGUAUAUUUCCACCACAUGUUGACCUUGCACAACUUCAAGGCUUGCCUCCUGCCCUGCUUGGACAACCGCUGUACCCUCUAAGUGCAACAGGGCAUCCACUUCUACCUCCCAGAGCCAAUACUCAAAUGCAGUUAGCAGUAAUGCAGCAGCAACUCCAGCAACAGAGACACAUACAUCCAAGCAUCCCAGGGCCUCAGUCACAGAGCCAUGGCCCUCACCGGACAAAUGGCUCCCAGCGACAUGGAGGCAGCCCCCCUCUAGGCCUUGCCAAGUGGUUUGGAUCAGACGUGCUAGAACAGCCACUGCCCUCCAUGCCGGCCAAGGUCAUUAGUGUAGAUGAAUUGGAGUUCCGGCCAUAAGAAAAUAAACACUUUGCUGGAUAGCAAGAUUUAUUUUCUUUUUUGCCCAUCUCCACCACCUCGUUACCAUAAAAAUGUGAACUUUAAUUUGAAAGACAGUGCACAGACCUGGACAGUCUAACCAUGCCAUGCUUUGUCUUCAACCUUGAAGUCACUGCUUUUGAAGAAGCUUAUCAGCAGAAAUGGGAAGACGGGUGAUGCGAAUUGUUUUGCCGGAUGAGUGAAAAAAUUUGUCUUUUUUUUUAUAUUAUUAUUUGUAUUAGGCUCUGCGCAGUAAAUAAUGUAUAGGUCCAAUUGUACAGACCAUGGGAAAGAAUCUUAUUCUCCCUGUAUAUAGCUAUUUUUUCUUUUUCUUGGUAUGGGGGAAGGUGAAACUAUCCUGCAGUUCAGCUGAAAACUGCAAGAGACAGUCACCAAGAGCUGGUUGCAUUCCUUUCUCUUGUCCAACUUUUAUUUCCCCCCUGAAGUUCACUGAGAAAGGGCUAAUGCUAGGAGAAAUGUUUGCUUGAUGAGUAACUUGUGUAUACUCUACCCUUCCUUUGUGGCAUGGCUAGUGGCCCCUUUCUGUAGAUGUGACUAGCUGGAGCAUGUCAAAACGACUCCAAGGGAUGCAGCAAGUGCUGGUUGUGCCUUUAAUUUUUUUUUUUUUUCUUCUCUCCCCCCCUUCCUUUUAAACUAUCCUCUCUCAUCCAACCUGUCACUAGGGGGGACAGCACUGCUCACAUUGUGAAUUUUUUUGAGGGUGGUUGGGAUUCAGUUUGUUUUUGUGCUAUUAAGUUAUAAAAAGCACAAAUAGAAUUAAUAAAUAAAAUCUUCAGUAAAACA